GUCCUGCCGGAUGACGAGGUUGGCGACAAAAUUGUCGAGGUUUUCGGCUUCAGAAGUCACGUGAUGACGCACUACCGUCGCAUGAUGUAUUGGGUGCCGAAACUGCGACACGCAAACCCUUGGCCGGUGAUUGAACGAUUGCCGGACGACCUGGAUGAUUCCUCCGCCUACCUGGCCCAG